AAAACAGAAAACAAAAAGCAAAAUCAAUAAAUUUUGUUUUUCGUCGCAGCAAGUCUCUCGACUCUCAGUCAGCUUACUAUUCUUCAAUACCAUGGACAUGAAGAAGAUCUCCUGCGCCGUCAUUGUGGCCGUCGCCGCCUCUAUGAGCGAAGUCAUGGCUGCUGGCGCUCCAUCUCCAGCUCCGGCUUCAGCUCCAGGUGCAGCUUCAGCUUCAGCUUCAGCUUCAGCAGCUGCCCCAGGCCCAGACUCCAGCGUCGCAAUCUCAACAAUGCCUGUUCUUGGGUCCUUGGUUGGAGCCACCCUUGUUUCUUUCUUUGCCUACUAUUUGCAGUAAGCCAGCAAGAAUAUACGAAAGCAUGAAGUGUUGAAGAAUCAAAAAUGGUGGAUUAAUAAAUGUAAAAUAUUACUCGGGGUUCAAUCCAUUUUACUUGCUUUUCUUCCUUCUUUUUUUGUUCAUCACUUCAUUUGUACGUUCAUCAAAAAAGUUGAAUUCCAUGUGAUACUUUGCAAUUGAAAAAAAAGAGUUAUAUAUUU